GUGAGUGUUUGAGAGAGAAUAACUGAAAACAUUUAGGCUGAAAGGGGAGGGACUGCCUAGUCCUUUUUCAAACAAAUUUGUGAAGAAACUUGGAGAAGCUCUUUGGCUGCUUGGAAGAAGAGGCAAGGGGCUAUGUUAAGUGAGAGAGCAGCUCGGAGGCAGGGGUAGGGGUGUAAAACCGAAGGAGAAAGGGGAUAAAUGACAUUUUAAUCUAAAGGAAAUCAUGCGAGUGAAUGCUGCCUCAUACAGUGUCAGAUUUCACAAAAUGAAAAACCAGUGCAAGAGCACUUCUACAGGGCUCAUCCAGCUGAGAAAGGAUGCCAGCUGCUAGCACAAUGACUGGUGGGAGGGCCCUGCUGCUCUGUACCAACACUGACAACUGUAUCUACCAAUCAGUCAACGGGCUCCAGUGCUGCGGCUUGAAGGUUGAGGCUCAGUCUGUGGUCCCCCAGCGGCCAGACGUGGUGUGCGGUGACAGGGACACCUCCAAGCGGCCCCUCUCUCCCCUGGUUUCCUCUCUGGACAGACCAGGCACCAUUGACACAAUGCUCACUCACAAAAGAACCACCUCUGACCCCCGUACCACCAUGGAGAAUGGACUGGGCGGCUGUAGCAAACUCAACAAGACCCCGGCGGGUCUGAAGACCAGCGCCAGCAUCCGAGACAAGAUCUCCCAAUGGGAGGGAAAGAAGGAGACCGCCCCUACCUCUUCUACCUCCCCUGUAGUUGGAAGUGGUCUAUGCCCGCUGAACACAGCGCAGAAGGAACCAGAGACUGUGCGAAAGAAGGAGACCACCAAUACCUCAGAGGUCCACAGGUCCGACAGUAAGUGGUUGGCCAGCUGGGAUAGGCAGGACUCUGGGAAGGAGAACUCAGGAAAGCUGGGGGAUUUACGGCCUAAGUCUCCUGAGGGCCCCACUACCAGGGACAGAGAGGUGAUACUGGAUAGAGGACCCCUCAGAGGCAGUAGUAAAUCCACUGAGACAGCUAAGGACAAGAAGUCUGUUUUGACUCACAUUAAGAAACUGGAGCAGGCAAUGAAAGAGGGUUCCACCAAGCCCUCCUUGGUGUUGCCUGGGAACUAUUUCUGCCCCCCUUCCCAGGAGGAGCAGGAUGGGGCGGAGAGGAAGGGGAACGAGCCCAUAUUUGGGACGCUGGAAGUUGCGGGGUCAACGCGCCAGCGGAGGUCAGGUGACCCUGAGAACGUGUACACUGAGCCUGGUGCUGCCAGUCCCUCCAUCAACCCCUUACCCAAACCCCAGCGCACCUUCCAGCACCACACCCCACCCAGCACCCCCGCCUCAGGCCUGGGCCUUGGCAAGGGGAGACGUAACCUGCCCCCUCUGCCCUCCAUCCCCCCGCCUCCCCUACCCACCUGCCCGCCUCCAGGAGUCUGCAGGAGACCCUGGGCAGAGAGAACCAGAGACAGCAGCAAUAGGAAGUCCUAUGAGUUUGAGGAUCUGCUGCAGUCGUCGUCAGAGAGCAGCAGGGUGGACUGGUACGCUCAGUCACGACUUGGCCUCACACGCACUUUAUCAGAGGAGAACGUCUACGAGGAUAUCCUAGACCCUCCGUCAAAGGAGAACCCUUACGAAGAUAUAGAGUUGGAGAAAAGUUGCCUUGGAAACAAGUGCUCUUUACCCAUCUCCUCCCCUUCAUGCCCAGUCCCCGACACACCAACCAAGCUCUCCUCAAAGCCAGUUUUCUUCAGGCAGAACUCAGAACGUCGCAGCUUCAAGCUCCUGGACCCGCGCAAGGCCAACCGGGACACCGGCAUUUCCUCACCCUCUCGCAUCAGCCCCCCCUCCACCCCCAGUAGCCCUGACGACACCCCAAACCUCUCAGGAGACCCUUACAACCGCAGGCGCAGGAAGAUCCCCAGGAUGGUGCUGAAGAUCAACAGCAUCUUUGAAGCAAGGAGAGGGAAGAAACGCAUGAAGAGGGUGUCUCAGUCUACUGAGUCCAACUCGGGGAGAGUGACAGAUGAGAACAGUGAGUCGGAGAGUGACACAGAGGAGAAAUUGAAAGUUCACAGCCAGCGUCUGUCGUCAGUGCAGUCCAUGUUGAGGCAGACGGGGCGGUACCGGACACUGGAGAGGGACCUGAUGGACCUACAGGAAAGGAAGCUGUUUGAGUACUUCAUAGUGGUGGCCCUCCAUAAGACCAAGGCUGGAGCUCCUUACCUACCAGAGGUCACUCAGCAGUUCCCCCUGAAGCUGGAGAGAAGCUUCAAGUUCAUGCGGGAAACAGAGGACCAACUGAAGGUCAUCCCCCAGUUCUGUUUCCCUGACGCUAAGGACUGGACCCCCGUUGACAACUUCCCCAGUGAAACGUUCUCCUUCGUCCUGACUGGUGAGGACGGGAGCAGACGGUUUGGAUACUGUCGUCGUUUACUGCCCACUGGGAAAAGCCGGAGGCUGCCAGAGGUCUACUGCAUCGUCAGUCGGCUGGGCUGUUUCGACCUCUUCUCCAAGGUACAGGCAUUGUGUUUCAUGCUGACACAGGAAAGGGCCAUCCCCAAACUGUUGCCACAAAAGGAGGUUCCCCCUGAGCAGCAGCAGUGUGAGCAGGAGUGGAGCCCCAGUCUGGGACAAGAGGACCCAGAGCCCAUACAGAUUAAAGAGGAAGAGGACGAACUCAGGACCACUCAGGAGGAAGAGCAGAGUCAUGGGUUUGAGACUGAUACUAAAGACUCAAUAUUCACUGCUGGCUGUGUGAAAAAUGACUGUGAUGAGGACCCAACUCAUCCCUCACGUCUCUAUCAAGCCCAAAAGGAAGGAAAUGACCUGUUGGUGUUUGGGAAGUACUCCACCUCCACACCAAAUUCAAUCCCUCAGAGCCCCUGGCCUCAGACAAGCGCCAGUUCAACUGACCACCACCCCGUAGCCCUGGUUAGAAGCAGGGCAGGAUGCCCAGCACCACCAUCGCACCCCAGAGCUCUACUCAGGGCACGAUUCAUCACAUCCACCCCCUCCUCCACCGUAAUGCCCACCUUGGGGACCUAUGCCCCCACCACAGCUGCCCCCUACAUCACCCAGGAACCAUUAGUGGUGUAG